AUGAAUCACGGGUCCUACAUUGGGCCUGUAGAGGAUCGCCCAGUGCAAGGCAAGGGUCGCGGUCUCUUCACAACCAAGCCCCUCAAGGUCGGCGAUUUGGUGCUGUGUGAGAAGGCCUUCAGCCACGCUCAUCUUGACGAUGGACAGAAAGGCAACUCAAGCAUCACCCGCUUGGUCAAUGUCGAGUCGGGUUUGGACGCCACAGGCGUCAGGGCUGACCUUAUCCGACUGAUCGCGCAGAAGCUAUCAAAGAACCCCUCCCUGGCUCCGGAUUUCACUACACUGUAUCAUGGAAAUUACCAAGCGGUCGCCACACAGCGCGUAGAUGAACAGCCGGUAGUCGACACGUAA